AUGUGCUCAUCAAUUGUCUAUGGGAGGCCACCACCCACCCUACUUACUUGUCUCCCAGGUACUGCCAAGGUGGAAGUUGUUGACCAGCAACUAAUGGCUAGGGACCAAAAGCUUAAGGCCUUGAAGGUUAUAUUUUUAGAAACACAGAACUGGAUGAAGCAGGUUUAUGACAAGAAGCUUAAGGAGCGGGAAUUUGAUGUUGGUGAUUGGGGUUCUCAAUCUGAAAAUGCUUUCAUACAAUACUGGGAAGAGCAUAUUGGUCUUCCACACCUUCCACACUGGUUAGUUGCAAAGGCUUCUUUAUUAAGCCCCCAUCAUGUGGCAGUGUUUAUGAAACUUGUGGAGAAAAAUGAGUUGGCUUCCAACCUGCGUUCGUUUUGUAAGCAAGCUAAUAUUGAUUGUUCUACAAAUGCACUGGUGAAGAAGACAACGGGCUGCACAUCCCUCCCACCAGUAGCCUUAUGGAAUGAAGCCAAAGUGAAAUAUGAUUUUCCGAAUGAAACACCCCAGUCAAUUGCCAGCCAAGGGGGAUUGCCAUAUUUCCGGAAGUCGAUGGUCAAAGAGGGAAGUGUCAUGCCUAUCCCUGAUCUAAGGGAUCCAAUGUCAUAUAAAUCAUUCUUGCUGCGAUCUAUAGCAUCAAAAAUGCCAUUUUCUGUUGCCCAUAUUGAGGAAUGGAAGAAGCUUUUUGGUGUGGAAGAUGAAUCAAACAUGGAUGAAUAUAUACAAGACACCCUUGAAAUAUGUGAGAAGAGCCCCAUUCAAGGUGAGAAGAGAACUUGUGCAACUUCCGCCGAGGAUCUUAUUGAUUUUGUCGUCAAAGAAUUAGGGCACUAUGCUCAUUUAUGGAGUACUGAAAGUGUGGAAGGAUCUUAUGAGAAUGUCACAAUUGGAGUUGUGAAACUCAUAUAUGGAAAUCUUUCUGAAUCACCAGCCUUAUGUCAUAGCCAGUCAUUCAUAUUUCAAGUCUAUUAUUGCCAUGUCAUACAGAAAGUAAGAGUAUAUGCAGUUGAUAUACAUGCUCGGAAGACAGUGAAUCGUGCGAUCAUGGCAUGUCACUAUGACACAUCAACUUGGAAUCCAAAUCAUCUUGCUUUUAAGUUACUGGGUCUUGGCUCAGGCCAAAUUGAAAUCUGUCAUUGGAUAAAUGAGAAUGGAAUAGUCUGGACAAAGACUUAA